AUGUCGUUCGCGGGGCCGUGGGUGUACGCGACGUACUCGGCGUCUCGCGUGGCGGCGUUCGCGGCGGCGUUCGCGGGGUGCGGGCUGUGGACGGCGGCGCUGGCGGUGCCGCUCAGGGCGGUAUGGCCGCUGUUUUUGGGGUAUGGGGUGAUGUUUGGGUUCGCGAGUGGACUCGGGUACGGACUGUCGGUGCAGAUGUCGCCGUACGCGCCCCUGAGCGCGGGGCUCGCCACGGGGCUGGUGACGUCGGCGCGCGCGUUCGGGGCGUUUUUGUUCGCGCCGAUGGUGAAGGCGAUGGUGUUUUCGGGAGGGCCGCAAUACGCUCUUAAUACGCUCGGAAAUUACAUCGCGUUCUCUGCCGUGCCUAUAUUCCUUCUCUUUCGCGCGUGCGGGUUGGCGGCGCCGCUGGCGAAGAUGCGCGACAAGGAUAACGUCAUGCUCGACGAGAUGGAACGCGACAUCAAGCUCGCACCGCUCAUACGCGUGCUGUGGGUGUGCAUGGCGACUGGAUUGUUUUCUGGACUCAUGGUCAUGUCACACGGCGCCACCUUGCUGUCGUCUCGCGGUCUUUCCGCGCAAACGCUCAUCAUCGGCGGCGUGUCCAUCGUCUCCUUUACGACAUCCGCCGGUCGCAUCUUUGGCGGAUGGCUUUGCGAUCGAGUGUCGCCGAAGCGCGUGCUCGUGCUCACACCACUUCUCGCGGUUGGACCGCUAAUGUGGGCUGCCAUGGAUAAGACGAGCAUUCUCGCCGGUAAACUCGCCCUCGCCGCCGCGGGCGUCGUGUACGGCAUGUUCGCGAGCACCAUACCGGUGGAGGUUCGCCGCGUCGCCGGCGCGGGCGAUUUUGCGCGCACUUACGGGCGCAUUUUUACCGCUUGGGGGCUCUCCGGUCUCGCCGCGCCUUACGUCGCGGGUUUAUUCUAUGAUUCGUACGGCGAUUAUUCCUUCGCCCUGUACGUCGCCGCCGCGUUGAGUUGCGUCUCCGCUCUCGUCGCUCAGCUCUUGGAAUCGCCUCGCACGGCCGAGCGCGAGCGCGUCGACGACGAGACCUCCCGCGCUCAGGCCGCGGCCAAGCGCGGCGAGCGCUUCAUCGACUGCACCACCGACGGUUUAGCGUCCGGUUGA